UUAUCAUAAACCAAACACGUUAAAAACGAAAAGGUCUAGGCCCAGCGGGCAUCGUGCGCCGGUUUUAUUGAUAUCUUAUUGAACGCCGAUAAGAUUGCUUACGCUAUCAGCUCAGUUGUUUCAACUCCUGUCGUAUUUACAGACAGCUCCACGGUCACGAUACGCUUUUCGUUUUUUUCUUAAUAUUAAAAUGUGCAUUAAGUGAAAUAGUCAACGGACCAUAGACAUAAAAAAGGGAAAUGGUUCUCGGCAAUGGUGUGCGUAGAUUACGCGAGUGUGUGUGUGCACUUUUCGUAUUUAUUUGCUGUUGCUGUGCUUCUAACAAAGUAUCGGCGGCGGCGGAGACUCGUCUGAUCGAAGUUGGCGCGGCGGACGAGCGCAGUAAGAAGAAACACAACAAGAUCAAGACCUCCAAGUACACGCUUCUCAUGUUCCUGCCAAAGAACUUGAUGGAGCAGUUCCGCAGGGUCGUCAACUUCUACUUUCUGAUCGUCACCGUCAUCGCUGUUGUUAUAGAUAGCCCCGUGUCGCCAUUCACGAGUAUAGCUCCCCUGAGCUUCAUGGUGUUGGUAACAGCGAUGAAGCAAGGCUACGAGGACUGGCUACGACACAAGGCAGACAACAAGGUCAACAACCAGAUCGUGGAAACAGUUCGCAAUGGUGUUAUCAACAAAGUGCGCAACUCCUCGAUCGCGCCGGGCACGUUGGUACGGGUGCGACGAGGGCGCGAGGUGCCGGCGGACCUCGUACUGCUCUGCGCGGCCGACGGUGCCGGCAAGUGCUACGUCACCACUGCUAAUUUGGAUGGCGAGACGAACCUCAAGACACUGAGAGUGCCCCCACCACUGGUCGGAUAUACACCCGAUAUUCUACCACACGGCAUGCGUAUAGAGGUGCCGCAUCCAGUAGCCGACCUGUACACGUUCUAUGGGCGUCUUGAGAUCCCCGGUCAGGACAGCUUGGCGCUCGGUACUGACAACCUCAUGCUGAGAGGCUCAAGAGUCAAGAACACCGAGUGGGCGAUAGGAUGCGCCGUGUACACUGGAGAAGAAACAAAAUUAGCUUUAAACUCGAAGUAUUCUGGGAACAAAUUUUCGUCCUGUGAAUCAGCAGUAAACAGUUUUCUGGUGUUGUUCAUCUUGUUAUUACUGUUCGAAAUAUCGAUAUCGAUGGUAUUCAAAGUGAUUAUCGAAAAGAGACAUCCCGAGAGAGACGUAUUCCUGGGACCGGGGACAAAGUACCCGCCGUCAGUCGCGACUGUACUUCAAGAUUUAUUCUCCUUUCUACUGCUAUACUACUAUAUUAUACCAAUGUCUCUAUACGUUACUAUCGAGCUGUACAAAUUUAUAGGUGCAUUGUUCAUUGGCUGGGAUGAGGAACUCCGCUGUGAGGAGACAGGUCGACCUGCUAUCGCGAACACUUCCGAUCUCAACGAGGAAUUAGGACAAGUCGAGGUGCUCUUCUCAGACAAGACGGGCACACUUACUAAGAACCUUAUGGUGUUCAAAGCUUGCUCUAUUGGAGGUCGCGUGUACGAGGAGAAAGAGUCUAGACUUUAUGAUAUAGAGAGAUUUGAUGAGCCGGCUGACACUUUUCAGACAGAUAUUAAAUUUUUCUUCACAAUACUCGCGCUGUGCCACUCUGUGCAAAUAUCUAGCGAGGACAUGAAGAAACUGAGCGCGAGAUUAUCUGGAAAUGGUAACAUGCAACUUAUGAAUUUCUUUCGGAGGAAAAAACUAAAUAGAGGAACAAUCGGCAAUGUUAACAAUGUGAAUGAAAACAAACCUGGUGUUUUAAAUACCAUAGCAUGGAAUAGCCUUCUUAGAGAUACUGGAAGCAAAAUGGAUUACCAGGCGAGCAGUCCUGACGAAAAGGCUCUAGUGGAAGCUGCCGAUAGAGUCGGUGUAACAUUCCUCGGUGAAGAAGGAAACAAUUUGGUCAUAAAAGUCGGAGAUGAUACGGAAAUGUAUGAACGCUUGCAACUUAUUGAAUUUACAUCAGAACGUAAACGGAUGUCGGUCAUCGUUAGAGACAAAAAUGGAAAGAUUUGGCUGUUUUGUAAAGGCGCGGAGAGUUCUGUGUUUCCUAUCUGUAAAGACACAGUUAUGAUUGAAGAGACAAAUCGUGAUAUAAACGCAUUUGCAAAUAGGGGACUGAGGACUUUAGCGGUCGCAUAUAGAGAAAUACCAUAUGAAGAAUACGCCAGGGUUACGGAAGCGAUAAAGCGUAUAGACGGUAAGAGCGCGUCGGCGCUGCAGCAAGUGACUUUGCAGUACCGCGUGCUGGAGCACCAGCUGACUCUGGUGGGCGCCACCGCUGUCGAGGAUUGUCUGCAGGACGACGUCUCCGACACUCUGGCUUCUUUGCGCCGAGCUGGCAUCAGGACUUGGGUCCUGACGGGGGACAAGGUAGAAACAGCAAUAAAUGUAGCACAAUCUUGCAGCCACAUCUCAGAGAACGACAGGCGAAUGUUCCUUAUCGGAGUGAAAGACGAAUUAGCACUCCAAGCCCACCUCGAGGAGUGCCAGCGGACGAUACUGGAGCCCAGCUACAGAGACCUCACGCUCAUUGUGGACGGCACCAGCAUGAGCUGUAUACUGGACACGCCAGCUGCACCCGCCUUCGUUGAUGUGUCCUUGAAAUGUAAUGCUGUGCUGUGUUGUCGACUAUCCCCUAUACAGAAAGCUAAGAUAGUAAAAUUGAUAAAGAACAGUCCAGAGAAGCCGGUGACGGCAGCCAUUGGCGACGGCGCCAACGACAUAUCCAUGAUCCAGGAGGCUCACGUCGGCUUCGGCAUCUUCGGAAAAGAGGGACACCAAGCUGCUAGGUCAGCAGACUUUGCGUUCACCAAAUUCUCAAUGGUGAAGAAAAUGUUGCUGGUGAUGGGGCACUGGUACUAUCAGCGACUCGCCACGCUCAUACAUUACUUCUUCUACAAGAAUCUGGUGCUCGGGAACAUUAUGUUGUUCUUCCAAGUGCACUCAGCUUUCUCGACGCAGUCCAUCUACGACUCGAUGUACCUGACGCUGUACAACUUGCUGUUCACCUCGGUGCCCUGCCUCGUGCUCGCCGUCACCGACCAGCGCUGGCCACAAGCAUUGCUUAUGAAAAACCCAACAUUAUACAGAGAAAUAAGGAAGAACAGGUUGAUGUCGUGGUGGAACUUCCUCGCGUGGCUCCUGUCCUCUGUCUAUCAUUCUGUACUGAUUUACGGCUUUUCAAAGCUGGUAUUUAUGAGUUCCGUCAUAAACACCGAUGCUAAGACUGUCGAUUUAUGGUGCUUCGGAGCAGUGCUGUUCCAUAUGAUGAUGCUGGUGGUGAGCCUGCGCUUGUGGCUGCAGGCGCGCUACCACACGCUCGUGUUCGUCCUCACGCUGCUCCUGUCUAUGCUCUGUUACGUCAUCUUCAACACUAUCUACUCUUUGUUCUAUUUUGAAAUCGACGGCGAUGUGCUGGGAACGUACAUAAGACUUUUAACGUCUCCAUCUUUUGGUUUCCUUAAUUGUUUAAUGAUAGUGGCAGCCCUCGCGCCGGACUAUUGCGCGCGCUACAUCACUGACAGCCGCGGUCUGAGACAUUUCAACACCGGUGUUGCCACUGUACAGAGAGUAUUUUCUACUAGACUUUGAACGACUUAUUGUUAUUAUUUUAGUGAAAUUUAUUGCAUACUAUGGUGAUAACGAGUAUUGGAGUUAAAUCGAUGUGAGCGAAUUUAAAUGAUUUAGCAUUUAUUUAGAUUUAAGAUUUAGUGCACAUGUGAUAUGUAAUUAUAGAAUUGAACGUUAGGGUCCAAAAUAAACUUGUGUAUACGAUUGUUGACAAAAUGUGUAUUAGUUUUUAUUUUAAGUGUUGUGUUCGCAUUUGCAUGCAUUUUUAUGCCUUUUAGGUAUUUACUAAAAAGAAUAAUAGCCAAAGUAAAUAUCAAAUAUUAAAUUACACUACACAGUGUUACUGAAUUGUACUAUUUUACACAUGACGUCACAGAUUAUAUCGACAAUUAUUAAU